AUGUCCACCCUUACAAAGUUCUCAGACCUCUUCGACGAGUCCCAGCUCUACACCAUGGCACUCCUCAUCAUCAUCCUCACCUACCUCGCCCUCGGCGUCGUCAUCUACCGCAUCUUCUCCCCCCGCCGCGCACACCCCCUCGACAUCGAGUCGACCGCUUCCAAGCUCGAGGAGGGCUGCUACCGGGACAUCUACCAGGACUUCAACUCUCCUUCCGAGAAAUCCUACACGUCCCCCACCAAAACCACCACCAACAACCUCUACCGGGAUUGUCCCUGCAAAACCCUCAUCGACGCAAUCACCACGACCCCGUACAAGUCCCCCGAGUUCUCGUUCGAGAAGAUCUAUGGAGACCGCCAAGCCGCCGCUGAACGCAAGAAGAACGCCCCGGUCGGCGACGUCAUCACUCGUCCCCUCAGUACCUUCAGCACGCAGAGGGUGUAUGGGGGUGUCGACGGGUUUGGGAAGGAUUGGCCUCCUCUGGCUCGCCUCUGA